AUGUCGAUUCACGUCCCACUCCCAGUCCCAACUCAAUCGCAUGAGACUGCACUACCCUCAGCACUUUCUGGGAAGAAGCAGACUUUAUAUGACCGUGUCCUCGAACACUUCGCUGCCGUAGACUAUACGCUUCCAAAUGUCAACCAGGAGAAGGCUGCACUGACAGUGGAUGAAAAGUUUUGGCUGUCAUAUGAAUGUCUUCUAAGAUAUCUACGUGCUACCAACUGGAACGCAGAUGUGGCCAUAGAGCGCCUAGAAGAUACGCUCAAGUGGAGACGUGAAUUCGGGAUCUACGACAAAAUCACUGCCAAAUAUAUUGAACCAGAGGUACGAGGGAGCGAGCUCUUCAAGUUCACGUUUAAUACGGAUGAUUUGAAGGCAAAAGACGGCAAAGGGUUUCUCUUCGGCUUCGAUACUCACGGUCGGCCUGCUAUCCAUUUGAGCCCCUCAAAGCUGAGUGCUGAAGAGUCACCCCGUACAAUCCAGUUCAUCAUCUGGAUGCUCGAACACGCUUUUGACCUUAUGGGUCCAGGUGUCGAGACCCUUGCGUUGUUAGUGGAUUAUGCAGGCAACACCAGGAACCCGUCAUUUAACUUGUGCCGCAUAAUGCUCAGCGUCAUUCAAACACACUAUCCAGAACGCCUCGGCCUUGCGCUCAUUGCACAUCUUCCCUGGUUUUUGAACGCAUUUAUUACACUACUCACGCCAUUCAUGGAUCCCCACACCCGGCAGAAGUUGGUCUUCAACCCUGUCACCAACGAGAACGGUCUGUUUAGGACAGCUGCAGAUGCGGAAGCUUGGGAUGCCGACAGCUCAUUACGAGUAUUUGAGCCGGACCAGCUCAUCCAGGAGGGUUGGAAUGGCUCGCAACGGUUUACGUAUUCCCAUGGCGUGUAUUGGGAAGCGCUUGUAAAGCUAUGCGAGAAGAGGCGCUCUAGGAUGUUCGUGGUGUGGCAUGGCAUGGGCGGGAAAGUUGGUAUCAAGGAGUGGGACGUUAAGGUUGCUGUCAGAGACGAGACGAUCGACGCGCAUGUAGAUGAGGAUGGUGCGUUGAUGGAGAAUGGUCAGCUUCAGUCGUGA